GUCGUUUUCUAAGUCAAACGUCAUCCACCUCCAGCGCGACCUCUGCGUGAGCAGCGACCUCCGACACAACCACGACAAAUGGUGUCCAAUGGAGACGAGCAUAUAAGGCCAUCCACCAAUAUGCAGUCACAACAGCAGGAAGGCGACGAUGACUUUGAGGCCCUGCUCAUGGCGCCAACUGUGCCCGCGCCGGAUACGUCGACCGACCACGACGUCAUCGACCAGGUCCAAGAAGACUCCAAAACCCACCUUCUCAAGGCGUACGUGGACGAUUUCGAUGGUGUCGUCCCUGCGGCAGAAGUAGUCGUCGCGAGCAUUCCGCUGGAGGUGGUCCAGCAGCGCGAAAUUCAACUCGAACGCGCUCGGAUCCAACGCGCCCAGGAAGAAGCCAAUGAGUACCAAAUGCGGGAAACGCUCUUAGCAUACAAGGAGCAAAAAGCGCGUGACCGCCUUGCCGAGGAAGCCAUCGCGCACACCAAAAAGAUGGCGGCCAAGGAGUUGCAAAGUUUGCAAGUCGUCAACUUGCAGUCCAAGUCCCUCUGGCAUGUCUACCACCAAGCCGAAACGCACCUCAAGAACGUCCUCACCCAGCAACAAGCGCAUGUGCAGCACACGUACGGCACCAUGUCGUCCCCUUCUUCGUCGUCACACACCCACCGGCGGUACCGCACCGAGUGGGCGUCCAUCCCCCAACCCAUCGAGAUCCACGUGCACAUGCUGCGAGCGGUCAAGGACAAACUCCCCCAAGGCCAUUACGUCCUGCUUGCAACGCUGUACGAUCGGCUGGGGGGCAGCCCUAUCUCGUGGAGCGUCGCGGGGGAUCGCGGCAUCGGCACCGCCCUCCCCGGGCUCACGACCCCCUUGAGUCACCGCGGCCACUUUUACAACACCGAGCUGCCCGUGGACCAAAACGUAUACGUCGUGUGUCCCCCCCAGCACGAACUUCGACCAGCCAAUGUGGUCGUGUUCGAAAUGUACCUUCUCAGCGGUGCGAACGCAACCAAGGAUGCCGUCGUGGGCUGGGGUGUCCUGCCAGUGUGCAAUGCCGACUUUGACGUGCUGGCAGGGCGAUUUAAAGUGCCGUUGAUCCGCGGUGAUGUGGACCAUACGAUCACCAAGUUUCAUGAAAUCGAGCACAUGUACUUGACCGACUUGUCGUCGUGGCUGUGCAACAUGUACGUGACCGUGCGCCACCUCCCUCGGGAGCGCUUGGACGCCACUGGCAUGCUCCAGCGCGAGUACGACGUGGAAGUGGACGUGAUGAACCAGCUUCUGAAGCUCGAAAGCACAGAUCGAGACCUAUUAGCCCAAGGCACGUACGACGACGAUAUCCACGUUCAAGCACGCAGAGAGCAGUCGUCGUCGUCGCGACGGCGGAGGCGACCGCAAAACCUGCUGACCCCCACUCCCGUGAGCUUCUCCAACACCGUAUCUUGGGGCAAAGAUGCAGCCAAAGUGAAAACGAGGAGAAGAACUAAGCCACGACACGCGUCAACCAAAGUGACGCCCAUCGACGCGGAUGCAGCUGCGAACGACGCCGACGACAAUCGCCAUGAUAUGUUUCAUCAUGACGACGAAGACAACUCCAAACCAUACAAAUCAAGGUCAUGGCGGCAAUGGUUUCGACGGCGGUGGCGCCGACGGCAAGGCUCUAAGGCCUCCAGAUCCAACCUCCUGUCACAGACCCCCCAAGAGGCGACGACGACGACGAGAGACCUUUUUCUUGACAAGCAUGACGACGACGAUGACAAGGACAUGCUGGACGAUCCAUUCCCGCCUGUCGACGCCCCCGAGCCCGCCCAUGCCCAAACGUGGGAAGGGUUUACGUUUGCUACCAACCAAUACAUUGGCGACGAGGUCGCCAAGCACACCCGGUUCCAAACGGCUCGUAAACUGCGGUACCUGAAGCAAGAGCUCUUUGCCGACAUGGGGUUCAACAAAGCGACGACGAUGCAGUUUUGGCUCAUGGUCGUGUUCUUGUGUCUCGCGCUGUGGCUACGAGUGUACGUGCACUACCUUGGCCAGUGGCUGUACCUCCGUGCCGUCAACGUGCCUGUGUUUGCGUUCAACCCGCAAAUGCUCACGGUCGUGCUCAAGUACACGUGGAACACGGUGCCGACACCGACGGAGAUUGGUGUGAUCGCCGUGGGGGUCGUGUUCAACAUUGCCACGUUUAUCGGGCUCAUGGGGAUUGCGUCGGCGUGCCAGAAACUUCUCGGCGAGUUCCCCGACAUUGGGAGCCGGUUCAUAGCGUGCUUUGGGUUGGCGACGGUGUUCGAUCCGAUGUUGGUGCUCGCCAUCGAUUUGGUCCAGCACAACUACGACUGCGCGUCGAUCGGAGAAUGCAAAGAUCCGUCGUCAUCCUCAUGCAGGUGUGCUGAAGGUGACGCGUUCAAGCUGUACCAACGCUUUAAGAGCGAGGAAGGCACGGGGGUGGUAGGCGCCGUGCUCACGCUGCUCGUGUACGGCUUCCUCAUGAGUGUGGCGGCGGUCGUGUUCUACACCUACUUGUUGCAUUUCCACAUGAACGGCCGCAUGCUCGACGUGUACCGGCGCAUCCACGCGCGGGAAGGCGUGUUCUUCGUCCCCAACGAUUUCGAGGUGUCCGACGCCGACGUCGCCGCGCUGUGCGAUCGGGCGGCGCGGUGGAAGUCCAUGACGGGCACUCAGCGCAAGACCGCCGUGUGCGAGUACGAGCUGCGCGACCCACUGGACCCGGCGUUCGUCGAAACCACGGUGCACAUUGCCAUCUUCAACCUCGAGCUGGACGGGUCGCGGCAGCUAUACCGCCAUUUCAUCAAGAACCCCGACGGAGAAAUCCUCGAAGUAUUUGGCACCAUCUCUGACAGCCUCGGUUCCCAGUACGCCGCGCUCGAGUCGGCGCUGUUUCAGACCGCGCCACCCGAGCAUGACACUCAUACGGGUUUAUUUGAUGCCCUGUAACAUGCUCAUAGCAAUUGAAAACUUCGGUGUGCUAAGGAUAACUAACGUUAACUACAGUAUGCGCUUGGUGGGUUGCAAUGCAUGUGCGACCGGUCAAACAACAUCAGGACACAAUGCUA